UCGAAAUUCUCGAAAACUCUUUAAAUAAGUUUUACAAAAAAGAAAUUUAUCUAAAACAAUUUUUUGAAUAAAAAAAGAAAAAAAAAGAAAAAAUUGGUUUGGAUUAAAAAAUCAAACUAAUAAUGGAUUCUCAUAUUAAAGCACAAUAUGAAGUCAAAGCUCAAAGUGAGGAAACUAGAGCUUCCUUACAAGAUCUUUAUAAUUGGCAAGAGGAGAUGAAAGAAAAAGAAAAAGCUAGAUUAAAGGGUGGUCAAAGUGAAGAUGUACAGAUUCCACCUGUUAGAAGUGAAAUUCAAAAUAAUGCAGACACAAAUGCAUCGAACAUAAAAAAAUUAGCAGCCGAACCAGCGCAUAAGAAUAAUGGAAAAUUUAACACAAAUGAAUUGAAUAAGAAAUCAUCUGGUGUAAAUUUGUCUAAGCAAAAUGAAGGUGAUUUAUGCAAGGAGGAGGGAAACAACUUAGUCAAAGUAGGAAAGUAUGAUGAGGCUUUAUAUUUUUAUACUGCCGCAAUUCAGCAUUUUGACAAAGAACCCAUUUAUUUUACAAACCGUGCUCUUUGUUAUUUAAGGUUAGAAAAAUAUAAAGAAUGUAUUAAGGAUUGUGAUCAGGCAAUUCAUUUGAAUAAAACAAAUAUUAAAGCGUAUUAUCGUCGUAUGCAGGCAUAUGAGUUUUUAGGUGAAAAUGAAGAUGCAUUGAAAGAUUGCCAAAAUGUUUUGAAUUUAGAUCCAAAAAAUAGUGAAGCAAAACUUAGUCACCAAAGAAUCUUAAAUCGCAUUAAAAAAGUGGAAAUGGAUAAAGGAAAGAAUCCAACUUUUACAAAAGUUUCAGAAAAUGUAGAAGAGAUUGAAAUGUUCAAUAAGCCUCCACAUUUAAGAUCAAAAAAAUUAAUGAAAAAAGUCAAAAUUCGAGAAGUUAUUAAUGGUAAGCCAAUGCAAAUGUUUAUAUCUGAUGAUGUAAUAGAUAAGUUAUUUACUAAUAAUAAUAUUGGAGCAUAUGAAGAAAUAAAGAAAAAUAAUAAAAUGCAGGAUAAAGCAUCCAUACAUGACAUAAAUGCAGACAAUAACAAAAAUAAAUCGAAUUCAAAUGAAAACAAAACGUCCAUUAAUAAGGAAACUACAGUAAAAACUGAGACAGAAAACGAAAUAACUGAAAAAAUAUCACCCAGAAGCAAGAAAUUAAUUUCAGAUAAUACCGAUACAAAAAUCAACUCACAAAAUUCUAUCGAUAAACUAAAAAAUAAAAAAAUCAAUUUAACUGUACCAACUUCCCCAAACCAAUUUCAUGCCACAUGGAAAGAAUUAGAUUCAGAACAGCGUUAUACUUAUUUGAAAAUGAUACCCGUUGGUAAUCUCAGUAAUAUUUUAGGUGCUGGUGUGGAACUUGAAACAUUAAUCGAAAUAUAUAAAAUUAUACAUGAUUAUUAUCUAAAAGAUAAUUUGGAAAUUAUUGAAAUAUUAAAGGAAUUAGUCAACACUGAACAAUUCUUCAUUAAAGUUCUGUUCUUAUCAAAUGAUGAUCGAGAACUAUUGUUGGAAUUCGUUAAAUAUAUGAAAAAAAGGAAUAAUAAUCCAAAAGAUAUUGAAUAUAUAGAACAAAGUUACCAUUUAGUAGAUCAGAUGUCAUAAUUUAAAUUUCGUUUAUUUCUUAUAAUUUUUCAAAAAUAUAUUACAAAUAAUUACCGUUAUUGUGUGUAUUGUUCGUGAUAAAAAUAAUGGCAAAGAAUCAAAUUUAGAGUUAUUCUUAAUCUUUUUGAAAGAAAAAAAAAAUUAAAGGUUGAACACACAAGGCUAUUCAAUAAAUGAUGGACAAAAUUCAAUUGACAUAGUGGGAUGCAGUAUUUUUUCUUUUUCUUAUUAUGGAUUCCAAUUUAUUUAAUUUACAGCAAGGUUACAUUUUUUUGAUCUUGAUGGUCAUAAUUUUUGUAUUUAUAAAGUUGCGCAUAUUCAAAGAUUUUGUGAAUGAAUUUACGGUGUAAUAUUACUACAGAAUUGAAGGAUUAAAUACUGACUUCUCAUACUAAAAAAGCUGCUCAAUUUUAUGACAAGCGCGUUUUUGGUGUUUUGCCUUUUAUUUAUUAAACAAAAUUAUAUUUAACUGGAAGUUUUUAAUUUCAUAUUAUUUCUUUGAUUUAAGCUACUACAGCCAAUUUUUUGAAAAAAAAAAAAAAUUUCAAAAAAUUUAAGAUUAAAAUAAAUUUAUGAUUCUUUAUAAGAUGUAAUUGAAUAUAAUAAAGUUGA